AUGGUGUCAAGAGGAGGGAAGGAUUCAGUGGUCUCUCAACAGGGACCCAAUAAAUACGCCAAGGCAAACCGGACGUCUACUGGAAUCUUGAUAUCUUCUCUUCUCUUCAUCACAGUUCCCAGUGUUCUCGUGGGAAUCGUAGAAUUGACUGGAUUCUCGAUUUUCAAACUCGUCGGACCAUUUUACUCGGCGUGUUUGUUAGUAAGCGGUUGUUGCAACGCUAUAAUCUUCAUUUCAAGCAAUUGGGACAAUGUGAGACCGAAACCACAAACAUCGUCAGUUUUUGUGCCCAAAGUCUCUACAGUUCACUCGGCGGCUAACUCCGGAGGCGCCGGGACAUGGCACUAA